UUUCCGUUUUCGAACCCGACGUCACCCGCACUCAAAGUCCGUGUGUUUUGUGUUUCUUUGGAGCCACAAUGAUUCUCGCCACCCUAAUAUUUCGCCAUCAGAAAUUGGAGCUGGGUGCCCUUAUCUCUUAAAAACAGCGAAAUUUAAAUAGCUAAUGUACUGUAUGAUUCGCUAGUAAAACUGAUCUAAAAAAAUCGUAAUAUUAGAAUAAACUGUCAAAGGAAAAAUAACCUUGUGCACAAAUUCUGCAAGGAAGAGUCUCGAGCAAAAAUGGGCAUUCAAGAUUUGCAAACCUUUUUGGAUAGCAACUGUGUGCCAGGUGGUUCCAUACCAAUAGAUCUGUUGAAGCUUGCUCGCAAUAUUACUCAGAGACAACGCAAUCGCAUAGUCAAAGGUCAACAGCACAUUUCAGGUAAACUUAGACUUGUUCUGGAUGGAGAAUGCUGCCUCGACAGAUUGUAUGGCGGUUAUUUUUCAGACUGGGCCUGUGGCGGCCAAUGGAACCGCAUGGUGCAGUUCCUUGCGGUUCUUACCCAGGCAAUGGAAAUGUCUGAUUUGGAGUUGGCUGUGUUUUUCAAUGGUUCUCUUGAAGCUCCUCGUCGUGCAGACUGGAUUCAGAAUCAGUUGAAAAUUAGAACAAAAGUGAAUAAUGUUUUAAAACACAUAACUACCAAAGGCACACCGCCACCAAAGAUUUGGUGGACUCCACCUGUAUGUUUGCGCACUAGUUUGCGCAUGGCUCUUAGACAUCUAAAUGUAGCAGUGUUAUGUAGCAUGGAUGAUCAUCAUCAAGAAGUCAUUGCCUACUGCCGUGAAAAUAAUUUUAAUGGAUUGAUUGCCGAUGAUGCUGAAUAUGCUGCGUUCGACCCUCCAAGAUACUUUUCAUCCGAGCAACUGAAGCUUACAUAUAAGGGCUCAUUAGACACGAAGGAGUACAUUAUUUCUGAGAUUAUGAAGGCUCUAAAUCUUUCGUCUGACAGGCUCUGCAUACUCGCAGCGUUACUUGGCAAUUAUCUACUGACUGAGCAGGACUUGGUUGACUUUUACAAAAAGCUAAACAUUAAUACCAACUCAAGUAAAAUGACAGUCGAACAGAUGAUUAAGGCAAUAGCAAAUUUUGUUAAAGAACUACCAUCGGUCGAAUUGGAUGUCGUAGCACCAAAAGUUUUCGGCUCACUUUCAGACCCAAGAUGUAGCAAAUUGAGACAGUCGGUCCAAUAUUAUAUAAAUGGAACCAAGGAAGGAUUCUUACAUUACAAACCAGUGAAACCUACAAAAGCUCACAAAAUAGAUUCGAAGCAAAGCUCGCAAACUGAAGUCAAUUCGACAGAUGCCCCAACUACAUCCGAGGGCGACGCGAAUUUGGAGACAUCCCGUUUUGCUUCUGAGACAAUAGAGAGCGAGCGUGAAAGUUUGAAUGCCUACAAACAAGCAACAGCAAAUGCAAAAACUGCACCACAAAUUGUGAUAGAACCUCCAGGCAUUCAAGGUCAUGGGGAUGCUGAUAGUGCUCGAACGGAGGAGGAGCAAAACAAUGGUCAUGCGAUCAAUGGUACUCACAAUCUUUUAAUAAGCUCUUCGAGUUCGAGCAGCAGCUCAUCUGCGACUUCUCCAUCUCAUGCGACAGCUGAUUCGAGCAGACAGUCAGAAAAGAUCACCAGUAUCCCAAGCACCGUUCCAGAAGUGAUGCGAACUGCUUCGGAACGUCACCAGAAGGGACUCAUGUCACCUCAUAUUUAUCAGAUACUCACCGCUGGAGAAAUUAAACUGCCAGUGCUCCUCGAAGAUGAGACUCUUCGAGAGUUCCCUUCCAUUCAUUUGAUUUAUAGACCAGUUAGGCAGAUGGUUUAUGCAAUUUUGUUCAAUCUCCACCACCGCCUGUAUUUGGCUAAUAAAAACAAAGAAAAAGGAGAUAAUGAGAAAGUUGAAAUACCUGACGUCGUAAUUAAGGAGUGGGUAUGGUCGAAAACGAAUCCUUACCAAAAGCCGGAAUUGGUCAAGGCAGAACAGAUCGGCUGGGGAGUUCCAACGAUUCAACGUCUCUGGUUUGGCACCGGCAUAGAUGACAAACGCCGCAGAUUAAGAGGAUUCCUGACAUGUAUGAGAUCCGAUACGCCACUCAUGCUGAAUACUUCACAUGUGCCGCAGCACUUACUCGUGAUGGCGUGUGUGCUAAGGUAUAUCAUGUCGUUUUCUGAGAAAGUGAAGAUCUUGCGACGUCAGGAGCUGGAUGCCUUUAUUGCCCAGGCGUUUGCGCAGGAGCUUAUGAAUGCGCAAUACCUGCAAGACCUGCAGCUACCGCUGGUGACGUCGCGAGGUGUACAACUCGCAACCUUGUUCAUGGCCGGCGUCGAGACGGCCCUUUUGGCGAACGACGCCUGCGGCGCACCGAUUCCCUGGUUGAUGUGCUGUCCCUGGCUCUACUUUGACGGGAAACUGUUCCACCAUACUCUUGCACGGGCGACGGUCGCCAAGAACUUGUUGGAACUCUGCGGUGGACAUAUCGAUCGCGUAGUUAAAGUAGAGAGGAUGCGUAAGGCCGUACUUGAAGGGAUCAACGUGGAGUUUGCUCGUCCUCCUCUGCCGGUAGCACCAGAGUGCUCUAUGCGUGCAGGGAUCCGAGUAUCGGUGCCUCAGAACAUUCUCCCAGCUGGCUGCACCAUCAACGAGGGUCUCGUGCGAGGAAGAGGCUCUGGAAAUAUUCCACAGCGUGGACUUAUGCGUCGCCCGGUGCUCUCGCGAGGGGGCCAGCUGGAAAUCGCAGGAGUCGUCGUUGGACAAUGGGGACCGAAUUAUGGACAGCCUGGACGUCUACCGCAGCCUCUUCAAGGACAUCCCCGUGGCCGACUUCCGCCCCAGGUGACGUCAAUUGGCGGCGUGAAGUACGGACUUCCUCGUGGGUUCAAUCCGAUUGCACGUCCGACUUUUCAGACACGGGGAACCAAUCGCAAUCAAAUCGGUGGCCGUGGGAAGAAAACACAAAUAAAGGCUACUGGUAAGAAGAAAACGACUACUAAUAAGAAGAAUAAAGAGAACGAGAAGAAGGAGACUAAAGCUCGCGGCGUCGCGGUCGAAGGUGUGACCGAUGGAUACACGGAGUCCAUCUCGACUUUGGACGUCGCGAAAGAAGUGAUAUCAGUGCCAGGCCAGUUUGACGACGCCGUGGAAAAUGGUAAACCCAUCGAGAAAGGUCAGGGCGACGCUCCGCUGGUAACGCCGGUCGUGGCGGAGAAUUAAACGGAGGUAGACCAGCACUAAAACCCGAAACUCUAAAAGUGACUCUUAAAACACCCCUCGAACGUGACUCAAGACUGCAACCAAUCUAGUUAUACGUUGCUCGAGGAGUUGUGUGUUGCACUGUAAACAUUUGGAUGUCAGGAACUUCCUCAAGGCGUUACCGUUGUACAUAUGUUGAACGCGAAGCGGCAAGUUGGAUAUCAGGGGGACGAGGGGAGAGCUCGAUAAAGCUGCUUCAUCGAGACUUCCAGGAAAGGAGAGUUAGCCUCGUGGUUUAUUCGAGAGUUGUCACGGUUAAUAUUCGAGGGUCGACGAGAUACCGAUCGUCGGCGGUGUGUAAUUGGCAUUAAUUAAUUCGUUUCGCAUUUUCGUUCGUCCGGGUCGGUCGGAGAAGCCGCACCGUUGAAGGGGGUUGAUAAGCGGCGACCGACGUUCAUGAAUCGAGAGGUCGCCGACACGUUUAAAUCGGCCUCCUCGACAGGAACGGAAGUUACCCUCGCGACGAGUCCAAAAACGCAUAAUUCCCUCUCUUCUCUUAAUCAGUACGCCCCGAUUCCAAUGUAAUCAACCCUGUUAAUUGCCUGAAAUAAAAUCAUUAAUGAGUAAAGUAACCGGGGGAGUUCACUGUACGUACGUUGGAUACGUACGAUGUUGACUCUCGACGAGGAACCGAGGUAAAAGCUAUCAAGACCCAAGGGGCAGGGAAAAAGAGGAAAAAAAGAAAAUCGAGAAUAGGAAACUUGACAAUGAAAUGUUUAUCGCCGCAGCAACAGCUCCCUCGAGGCUCGUAAAAAGCUCUGGUGGGGCCAAAAACUCUGUACUGUAGGUAAAGACAACACUGUGCAUCUACCACGUCGAAUUGUAUUUGAAGGAGAGAACAAAAAAAAAAAAAAGCCGACAAAAACUACGAUAAGACGUGGAGCUGCCCCGUUUUCGACUCGACACAUUCACGAGAUGUCCUCACUGCCAAAUAUCUACCACACUCUUAUAUGAUAGAGAACGAAGCCGGAGGUUAUUGGGGGGAAAACAAAACAAAGAAACAAAAGAAGAAGAAAAAAAAAGUUCGCAGAAAACAAAACAAAAAAAAUAAUGAAAAAGAAGUGCUCGUACUUGGCCGGGCUAGCCAUCGCUCGCCCGUCUCACCGUGGGAUAUGAACUCGACUGAUUAGUGUAUGCGUGCGCGCUAACUUUUACUAAGGAGAGAACGAGUCGUCAACUGCGUCAUAAGUAUUUAAUUCCUAAGGAGCGUCGUUAUUUUUUUUACUACGAAAAUAUAUAUUUUCCGGUAUCAUAUGAAACGCUCGCUUCGACGAUCCCGCCGGCCCGUUCCUCGAGCCGGGCGUCUUCGGCAACGGAACGGAGCGUCGGGAUGCCCCUUAGCGUAUGGAGACUGAUGCUUUUCAUAUAGGUAAAAUAUAUAUUUAUAUAUGAUUUAGAGAGUAGGGUUCCCGAGUAGCGUAAUAACCGUAAGUCGAUUCCGUACACCGGGUGUACGGGUUUUUAUACACGUUAGUAUGUUCGCGUACAUCCUGUCGACGGGAAGCGGGGGCGCGCCGUCGCGGAGUUUCGAGGAAACUCCGCCAGGGCGCGCUCGCGAGAAGUGGAAGGCUCUGUGAAUAUAUUAUUUAUAAUAGGAUCGAUGCGACUACACGAAUGCUGUACAUAUAUAGCGCGACGUAUUGCGAUAUAUACGGCCGUGUACGAGUGCAUUUUACGUGCGCUAGUGCUGGCGAGAUGCGUUUAUAUAUACACGUACACGUACACGCACACGACACCUACACUGUUUACACGAAUGUCACUACAUGACACGCACUCCACAGAUAUGUACUCGCACAUACACACACACACACACAGACAUGUAUUUAUUUGCUGUUGCGCGUGGAGAAUGAUUGCAGAGGUUUAUCGAAGGCGGUCUUCUUUUUUUUUUGUAUAAAGGAACUAGUAUAAGGCGUUUGUGUCGAUUGCACCUUAACACCGGACUCGGUACGGUCGAAAGGACGAUUCGAGCUUUUUAUUAAUUUCUAUUCUUUUCUUCCUUUUUUUUAAUCAAGCCUGAACGUCUGGACUGAAACGGUUCUGUAACAAAAUUUACCGGGAGAAGGUAUUUAUCGGUUGUUCAUAAUCCCUGAUCAGAGAAUUACUGGUAUUUGUUUAAGUGAUCAAAUCAAUGGUGGUCGGAAGCGCCUAUUAAAUAUUGAGCUUAGUUUAUCGUUAUUAUUAAUAUUUAAAAUGAAGUGUACGUGUGGUUUGAUUUUUCGGCUAAUCAAGUGGGUGCAUAUGGAUUCUUUGGGCAUUUUUUUUUUUCUUUUCUUUUCUUUUGCAAAUCGUGGACGAAUUCAAGUUUGGUCGAGAGGUUCUGGCUUGAUGGUGGUUGAUAUGGGAAAAGAGGUGCAAGAUCAUGAGCAAGGAUGGGUACUUCGAGGCGAUGAGUUUACGCUACGAGGUGGCUCGUUGUCUUUUCGAUGGUGUACCGUGUCCUUCGAUGAAUUGUACAUAUGAUAUCGGUCACAUUGAAGUGCCGGCGCGAUUGACGGUGUAUAUGUAUAGGGAAAUUUGGUAGCGUGUUCUUGUUUUUUUUUUCUUAAUUUUUUUUUUCUUUUUCGCGUUGCGAGCCGGAGAACGGUAGCACCGACAAGUAUCCUGCUUAGAAGUGUAGACAUACGAAAAAGAUCAGGGGAUCGUGCAGUUGCGAAAUCUGUUCACCUGUGAUUCUCUUCUCUUCCUUUUCUUUUCCUUUAUUAGACCUUCCCAUUAAAUUGUCCAGCAAAGCAAAUUUGGUCGAGGUUGCGUAAAAGAAGGGAAAAGAAAAUGAAAACGGGGAAAUCGAGAGGCGAAGGUUUCGCAAUCGCAUCCCGGACUUAGGCGCGAGUAAAGGGUAAUUAAUGGGGUUCGAGAGAUGAUCUCUUUGCCAGGCGAGUUUAUCGAACUUUUUGAAUUUUCCUCGGUCUUAGAAAUUCGUUCGACGAAGUGGAAGGAAUUGGCGAUGCGAUUUGAACUCUUGGAAAUUCGCAAUUUAAGGGAUAUUAAUUUCGAAGAACGAAAGAGAAACCGAGGAGUCGAUGAAGUCGUGUGGCGAAGCGGUCAAACUCUGAACCCCUUCAAAAGAACCGGCAAAGCGGAACGGCACGACAGAAAAAAAAAGAGAGAGAGAGAGACGGAGGGGAGAAAGUGAAAUAUAUAUAAUGAUAACACGA